UUGCAGAGAGGUGAAAAAAAUUGUGUCGUGUUUCAGGUGGUAUAGCGUCAUGUAUAAGAAAUUUUCGAACCGACUUUCUGGAGGAGUGGCCAACUCCCGGCACGGGGCCCCAUUUCGACACCUCGAUGCAGUCGAAUUUCACCGGUUUGGUGGGGAAAACCGUGCAUCUAGUGUGCAAAGUGAAAAAUCUCGGGAAUCGUACGGUAAUUAACUUCGACUCGCCGCGAGGUGGUAUCAGCCUGGUGACGGAGAAAGGGCCCGAGACGACGAGCCGUUUAAUGAUCCAGAAAGCGGUGAUGACCGACUCUGGGAUCUACACCUGCGAGCCGAGCAACGCGAAUCCGAGCAGGAUUAAGGUGCACGUUGUUGACGAGGAAAGGCCGGCCGCUAUGCAUCACGGAGAUGGAAGUUCGUCGUACGCCGAGACACUGCCAAUGUGUUUUGUAAUUUUAAUAGUAGCCAACGUAAUAUUUGUAUAAGGGGGUUAAUUAGUGAAGGUAAUAAAGGGGAGGAUUUUUAACCGGGUUUUUUAGCGCGGUUUCGACAACAAUGAUUCGCGGUCAACACUCGAUCGAUAACACUCGCAUUUGGGUAUAAAUAUUUGCGCAGGGUAAAAAAAAAAAAAAAACCGGUUAAUUACCUUACAUUUACAAUUUCAAUUUCCGUGACCAAAGAGUUUUCGAUAUAUCAGCACGGCACAAUAAUCGAUAAGAGCGUAGUAUUUUGUUAAGAUAUUAUCAUCAAGAGCGGCGAAUAACGUACCGAAUAACGUCAAAAAUUUAUUGUAUUAUUUGUAAAUAAAUUUAUUGUAUGUACAUAUCAAUAAAAACGAUUGUCUUUACCUUUU